AUGGCAUUGUACGGUAUACUCAAUUACAACUCGAUUCCUUUGAAGCAGGAACGGGGUUCCAUCGAACUCGUUUCCAAUGAUUUCACAAUAAUGCCUCAAAAAAUUGUUCUGCCAGACUCCAACACAGAUUUCGUGCUGCAAGCAAAUGCUCCUGUUCCAACAUUUUCGCUAGCUGUGGCAGCUACAGACUUCACAACUUUGAUUAGUGAAAACCUUGGAAACAAUAUUUUUGUGUAUUCCUAUUUGGGCACAGAAUAUCAGAUCAAGCUUAAAGACGGGCAUUAUGAUCUCAUGACAUUGAAUGAUGAAUUGUCAAGACAAUUGGGGCAGAACAUCACUUUGAGUUGGAGUGAAAAUCGGGUGAAGGCUUCAUUGCAGCAGGGGUUUCGAGCUCUAUUUGCAGGAACGCCAUUCGGUGUUUUCUUAGGUUUUUCUCUCUCCACGUCUGGGGUUCAAGCACAUGCGAGCGUGCUAGUAGCGGACUGGGACCGGCAUGGAUUAAUGACGGCAAAUUUGACGAGACAGCGUGUUGGAAAUCAGACUCUCUUGGAGGGGAUUGAUUCACAAGACGGACUUUUUGCAAUAGUGCAUCUGUUAGAUCUGCGUGCUGGAGCUGACGUGACCAGCGAUCACUUGCAUGGGAAUUUGACGCAGAAUUUCUUAACUACCUUUGUUUCCUUCUCCGGAUUGACUUUGAAAUGUCUUAUUGGGACAUAUCAAGCUGUGGUAAGACUUCUCAUCCGCGACCUCAAUUCAACAAUUUUCAUCCAUGAAGCAUAUUUGCUCUACAACGUUGUUCCAAAAGCCCUCUACUUGGACGAUCGUUUCUCUUUCCAAACCGUCUCUGUCAAUCUUGAAGAAGUCAUUUAUCCAUCAAUUCCUGUCUCCUUCUUUGAUAGGAAUUUGUGCAACAACUAUUAUGUAAGUUUUCAAAGUUACAGCGUUGCGGCUCAAAUGUUUAAUCGAGAUCAAUCAGAAGUUACUUCAAGUCUGAUGGGUACCAAAGUUCAAGGCUUCGGCAACGAUGGACUUGCAAUAUUCGACGAUUUGUACAUCGAUUUGCUCACGGGGUCACCUUUUUUCUUGCAAAUCUGUAUGCAAGACCUAGGAUUUUGCGUAAACACGUCAAAUAUCACGGUUGUUCCAACAAGGCUUAAUUUUGAUUCAAGAACCCUGUUUCCUAGUUCUUACGAAUUCAUUGACACUAUUUUGUUGACAUUUGUCAAUUCAAAAGGUGAAAGCUUGAUUGUGAUACCAGAAGAUAGAUUCAAAAUCAAGAUGAGCUUGUUGCAGAAUGACAUAACAGGGCAUGGAUACGUCCAAGGACCCACAAUCGUAAAUUUUUCUCAAGCUUUCAAUGCUUUCGCGUUUCAGAAGCUGUCCUUGAUUGGUAUGGGCAAGAAAUAUACAUUAUUCUUUGAGCAUGUGGGUGGCAUUGCCUGGGUAUCAUCGCCCGAAUUCAGUUUGCAGAAUGGUGGUUUUCUGGUGGCAUCUAAUAUCUCAAACCAUUUUUGCGGUCAACAACUCGGGGUCUUCACAGUUACGCUUGAGCCGAAGAUUCCUGAGCUUCCGCUCGACCUCUAUAUUCUAUCUAAUCCUACAGUUUCAGUUGAAAUUGACAGCGCAACCGACGCGACAGUCACUUUAACCGGGACUGUCCAAAUUCCUCUUAUACAAAGAAAUGCUCGUUUCACAGACGUUUCCAUUGAGUUAGGAGCUCUCUCAAAGUGUCCAUCCACAUACACCUUGCGAUUCCAACUGAAUGUCGAGAGUGUUGUACUUUUCACUGUAAAUUCAAAUCAAUUUAUUCUUUUGCCUUACAAUCUUUUUGUUCCAUGGAAUGUUACCACCUAUUUUCCGGACAUCUUGGACGUCAAGAUCCGGGACUAUGACAUGAAAAUUGACACUGUUGCUCAGGAUGUGCAAGUCUCUGCCCGUUUGACCCGUAUUAGGCCUUCCUUUGCCAUCAACAAUUCUGUCGGCCUUUACAUUUCGCUUGAGAAUGCUUACAUGCCUUACGCCUCCGCUUUGUCAGGAAUCACGACAGAAUCAGUCGUCAAUGGAACAGCUCGCUUCGCUGGCAUACGACCAGUAAAGAAGGCUGGUCGUGGUUACAGGCUAGAGUUUCAUGCAGAAUUUCCUUUUUCAAGGUUGGUUUUUGCCUCGACAUGGAAUUUCACUGUUUUACCUUCACAACUUCUAUUCUUGAGCCAGUCACUGCUCUCUAAUGUCUCCUUGGGGAAGACCUUGCCCCCUCUGCUCGUUUCUAUAGUUGACUCUUUCGGUAACGUGGUUGACGGCUUGAGCGAAGCCGAUGCCUUUGCCAUGAACUUCUCAGUAUUCAGGUCGACAGUAAAUUGUUCAGCUUGUUCUACCUGCAGAGAAUUUUCUUCCGCCAUACGAAUCACGAUCAAUUCAACAAUAUCAAGCUCACAUUUGCCCGUUGUCAGAGUGAGCCCUACCUUCGAUUUAACUGUCACUGGGGCCGCUUUCACAACUAAGAUCAUUUGUCAGACAUCAUCAUAUGUCGGCGCAAGCAACAGGAUUCACGUUAGCUUAAUCUCAAACGUUGAUCUUUAUGGAAAGGACGGUAGUGUGAUCUCAAUCACAGGCUUGUAUGCUUCAGGGACUUCAUACCCAGAGAUUCCAUUGUACAGUCAGAACCGUGACAUUUUUACUGUUGCCAAGUGGUAUAGAGCCAUGGGUACCUUGAUUGUAAGCAUCCCACUCAAUUCGACCCUUUCUUCUGGAAUUCUGUAUGAAUUUUCUUUCGUUCUGCAGAAUCCUUCCUUCAUAUCUACAUCUUCCGUGCAAAUUGCAUCUUCUGGAAGUCAUUUUAUUUCGAAAUCUAAGUUUGAGUCGGGGAACUGUGCCCAGCCCUUUCAGACAUCAAGCUACCUGGUAACCGAAUUGAAGGUAGCUCAGAGUUCAAGAGAUCCUGCAAGUCGCAACCUUAUCAGCAUUUCAUUUCUUUCCAAUGCUGAAUUUCAGUGUGGAGUGAAUCAGUGUAUUGUACGGGGUUUGACCUCGACAUUUGUGUAUGAGGAUAAUUCCUUUGUCUCGAACUGCAGUCUUUCUCUUGAUCACUGGGACAACGUCACUGGAAACCUGUUCAUUGUUACGGGCAAUGACCAGGUUCUGCCUGGAGCCUGUCACUUGGAGUUUGCAGUUAGAAACCCUUGUGUUGCCCGAGAGAGCGAGGCGGUCCUGUUGCAGCUGAACGAGUCGAUGUAUGGGAUGACUUAUAACCAGCUUGUCGCGUCUGACGGGCCUUUGAUUGCAGUCAGCUACGUGUACGACAAUCUAUUUCCCUGCGCCAACAACACUCUAAGGACUUCAGUGUCAAGCAAUUAUGACCUGGUGACUGGUUUCAUCCUCCGCAUCUCUGCUCCGUCAGCCGUCAAUUUCUCACAGCUUGCAACGUUGCGAUUCAACUGUUUGUUGAACACUUCAAGCAGUGGUUAUGCCGAACUCUGCAGUCCGAGCGGGUCAUCGAAUCAUCCCUCCUAUGCUUGCAUGGACGUGGAUUGUAGCAAUCCGGCCGUUGGAUGCUUCUUGCAGGAAUCCAUCGGAGUGUCAUCAGUUGAUACCAACGGCAGCACAGUUGAACUUUCGGUCAACUACUCGUUGCAUGCUGGGCAGUCAGUUGAAGUCUCCCUCAACUUGACCAACCCCAGCACAGGAAACAUGAAUGUCAGCAUAGCAUUGUUUGCGAUAGACGUCAGAAGCCCUUUGCCCAUAGGUGUGUCCGCAUAUCAGAUAGUCCGAGAUUCUUGUAGUGCGGUCAGAGAAGUCCUGUCUAGCGGUCUUGCGAUCGAGGAUCCAAAGUUCUCGGUGAAGGAGAUUCAGCAGAGUUCCUCGUUCCCUGGUCAGAACAACUCCAUCACUUUACGAUUCAGCGCGAACGUCGACCUGCACUCCGGAGAUCUGAUAACAUUGAGUUUCGAUGGUACGAUAUCAUUGGUAAGCGACAAGGCCUCUCCGAGUUACUCUCCAACGUCUUCCUUCAUAGUGUAUCCACAGGAUGGACUGACUUUGUCUGAAGACACGAGCAGAAUUUCUCUCCCUGUGAAGAGCGUUCAAGCAGCUGGAGCGUUUUCCCAAGUUACCUUUCUUGUACAGAAUCCGGAAUCAGAAACAAGUAUUCCUUCUUUGGACAUCUAUGUGAGCGUCUCAUACAACUCUUCCUGCGGAUUAGAGGGAUUUUAUCAGAUCGCGCAGACAAAAGUUUCGACAUGCACUGCAGUCGAUGGUACUCCAAGCAACAUCUAUCCGUUCUCAGUCUCGGCGCCUCAAUUUUUCGUGAAGAACAUAGGGCAGGCGGAUCCCUAUCCUGGAGUUGCCAACUCCAUCAAUGUCACUAUUACCAGCAAUGUUCUGAUACCCAGCGCCUCUACGAUCGUUCUCACGAAUCUGACUGGCCCUCAGUCCUUCUCCUUGGAUUCGAAUGACGCUCAUUUCUCUGGGCUCUCGUUCGGUGUUGGAGGGCAAGUGAAUCUGACGACACGCGUUGACAUCUUGGCGGGAGAGCCUGUCAUCUUCGUCAUUUCCUUCGUCAACCCUUGGACGGCUCAAGCUGGGAGGCUCGUCUCGAUCGCAUGCUUCUCACCCAGUGGUGUCCUCAUCAUCGCAGCUGUGGACAUGAGCCCUGAUGAUUCGCGUGUCCCACAAAGGAAAGGAUCCAAGGCAGGAGAUGCCGCACCGCUGAAGGUGCUUGAGCCAGGGUUUGUGCUUGCAGAUGUGCAGUCCAAUUCUUCGCAACCUGGAGUGAAGAUGGCAAUCUCUGUGCGAGCAGCAUUCAACUUUGACGUCAUCGGCGGCUCCAGCCUUUCUCUUUGUUGCAUCGCGUCUCAACUGCAUGUUGUGGGCAUAGAGAUAGCUUGGCCUGCGACUCAGAGUUGGUUGCGCUAUGCUUUCGGUCUAUGCCAAGUGAACGGCUCCUAUUGCGUCGGGUUUGACUUGAACACCAGGGCGGUGAUUGUUGACUUCAUUUCAACACAUCCCAUGGAAGCUGAUCUUGAAUUUUCUGUGCUGGUCUUGAAUCCCUUGAGCAAGAAUUUUGAGCACAUCUCAUACCUUGACGGGUGUCUGCAUGUCUCCCAUGUCACACUUCAGCGAGUUGAACGUGCGAUCGAAGGGAACCUAUUCAGUAUCGACGGAAUCGCCUUCACAAACUCUGGGGGAUUGCAUCAAUUCUUUUUCGAGAUGGUAGAUCUGCAACAGUCACAAGUUGUCCUGAGCAAUCUGUCUGAACCCUUUCUUGUCUUGCCACACGCUUUGAAGGUCGAACAAGACUCUCCGUACAUCUACAACUCGUACACGGGAGAAGGUCCCAAUGAAGUUGUCGCCAUCAACGUCUCUGUCUUGGAUAUUGAAGGCAACGUUCUGACAGACCUCAAGUCUGAGGAUUCUUUCGUCAUAACUGCAAAAUUGCUCUACGACAGUGAUGACUACACAUAUGAAUACUUGGUGGGUUCAACAGAGCUCGUAGUCGUAGGUGGAACAACCAGAUUUUCAUUUGGGAUCAAGACGGUCGUUGGGACAAGGUUCAAGUUUGAAUUUGCUCUAGAUAAUCUACAUGCCGAAACAGGCUUGUUAACAGUCUUGCCGCAAUUUAUCCACCUUUCCGAGACGUUUCUCUGUCCCAUCAUCACAGGGGAUUAUCUUCACUUGCCGGUCGCAUCCCUGCACAACGGACGUCAGCAGCUGUCAAACUUGGACGACACGAUCUACGUGCAUGUGAUGGUCAAAACUGGAGGAGAGGAGCUCGGCAGCACUCAUAUCGCAGGGUCGACUACCUUCCUCCUCCAUCACGGGGCCAUGGUGCCGAGCUCUGUCAAACUUCUGUCGUCAGCUGGUGCACACUUUGCUCUGACAUACCAACUGCGAGUCAACGGCACGACAGACCUCCAAGUCUUGCAGUCCACAGUGUCGGACAUCAUCAACUCCUCGAGUUCAUUCUUCAUCCAGCCGAAGAGCAUCAAACUGAUAUCGCCGGUGAAAAGCAUCAUCUUCGAGGGAGAGCUCCUUGACCGGAUGGUCGUCGCUCUCCUCGACGAAGAUCAGAACCUGAUCAAGGCUGUACAGACCUCUGAUGGCUUUCGAGUGAAAUUAGAGCUCAUGAGAGCACAGGACGUCUACGACAACCUUGUUGGCGAGACUGACCUUAUGUUUGUCAACGGUACAGCAGUCUUCCAGAACCUCACAAUCCUGCACCUCGCCGGCAGAGAAUUCUAUUAUCGAUUCUCUUUCGCCAUCGACUCAUUUCCUUCAGGAUGUCAGUUCCACAAUUUGACCGCGAUUUCAUCCACUUUCACGAUCUUUCCAUAUCAAGUGGAACUCUCGGAAUAUGCUCGCCCUACGGUCUCCAGCUCGAUUGUGGAGGACUUCCUGAAUCAGCAGAAGGUAUCGUACGAGGGCCAGAACGUAGCUAUUGCUCUAUUGGAUUCACGUGACGUUGUUCUUGCGCCUACUGUCCGGAUUUCAGCCUUGGGCAAGGAUGCAGCCGUAAUCAGUCAGAUUGCAACCAGCGAUAACUUCCGAGUGAAGCUCAUAGUUUACAACUCUGAUGGGGACCAGCUCGACGACAACUACGUCCAGCCGUUCGAGGUCUACAUGCAACAGGGGCACGCAGACUUCCAGGGGGUCAGGAUCUCCCACUCCUCGGGCAAUUUGACCUUGAGGUAUUUCCUGAAGGACACGCCGUACCUGCCGAGGUUCUUCGUGGAUCUUAAGAUUGUCAUACUUCCCUUCGUGUCGGUCAAGCCGUUCGUCUACUCACAAGUCACUCCUCCCUUUACUUGCGGCCUCGAUGUUGGACGAUUUUCGCCUCCUCGUUUCCAAGGUAACGCAUCCACGUCGGUUCAAUCGCUUCUAGUCGGAACAAGGAACGAUUCAUUCACGACCUUUGCAUACCUGAAGCUGCAGAAUGCCUCCAGUCUUUCCCAAGUUUAUUACACCAUUGUCUGCUUUCCUCCAUUCAACACAACUUUCUGUCCUGCCGGCUCUCUCUUCUUCCAACGCAAGCUAUUGCUAGACAAUUCCGUUGAGAUGACGGAAUUCCUGAGUGAAACACUUGACAUCUUGCGAUCGACAGAUGUUGCUGGAAAUUCGUUCGAUGGAGCUUUGCCGACUGGAUUCUUUGACAUCAAUCUGCAAGUCAAUCACUCGAGGGCAUCGAUCUCGCGCAAGGUUGAGGACAUCCCAGAGCAGCUCACUAUACUGGCCAAGAGAGUCACAGAGGGCUCGAAAGACAGUUUCUUGGCUCAACAGAAGUUUGAGGUCCCCAGGAAGACGGAAGCUCCCUCAGUGACAUACCAACGAGAGGUUGUCUCAGCUCUUCAUGGCAGAUUCAAGGCCUGGGACUUCGACCAGAGCUCCCAAGUUUGGCAAGAUUCUUCUGGCAACAGGCUCCAUGCUUUCGUAGAGGAACAAGGCAACAUCAGAGAUCAUUACCCAGGUCUUGCAGUGCUUGAGAACGUGUCAGGUUACGGCGCUGUUUACCCCAUGGCUGCUGUAGAAGGAUACGCAGACACAAGCGUGAGGUUCCCUGCUCCCCUUCUGACCUCUGACUCAACCAUCUGUUGCGUUGCAAGGCGGAGAGCAGUAUCGGGGAAUCAGACUGGAAUCCUCUACAUUCACUACAAAGAUUCAGGAGCUUUCGAGAACAUCAUGGAGGCAGAAGGAAGGUUCGAGAUUAACCACACGAAUUGGAAUGUAUUCUGUGGGCAGAACACUGGUGAGAAAUAUUUCGUGUUAUCCAGUAUGGGGCAGCGAUUCUCGUUCAAGUCGAAGAUCGACAGGAAUUGGAAUGUCAACACUGAAAUCUUCAUCAACAAAUAUCGCACGAGCCCUUGGGCUGUGGCAGAGAUUGCCGUGUGGCCCCGUGCGUUAGACCCCGCUGAGAUUGAUGCGAUAGUCUUAUAUUAUGAGCAAACCUUGCGAGAGGAAAAGCCUGCUUAUGUACCUAAACCCUUCGAAUUCAUCUUUGACAACAGCUCGAGUUACUGCGGGGCCGUCAUGAGGAUUCCUUGUGAAACCGUGAAUCAGGGACUGUGCUCGUCUGGAAAUUUGAUCGGGGACAACGUGGAUGAGGGCCCAACCCGACUGUGGAGGAAAGACUUCCCAGGGUCGCUUCUAAUUCGAGACUAUCUGCCUGGCGAUGCUCAGAUCUUCGUCGCUGAUGUGCGAGAGGUUGGGUUCACCGACACUGCCAAAGUACAACAUCCACCCGUUCGCAUCGGCCGAAAUCGAGCGAUGCAAGUGCUGGCGGUCAAUUUCAGCACGAAUAGCAUACACAUACAACGUGAUGUGAACUCUGAGGUAGCGCUGAAGUACGUGCAGUAUGUCAAGGUGGAUGAGUUGUGCCAGGCCUCCAACAGUGAGGUUAUCGAGCUGCGAGUCAACACUGUUAGAGAAGAUUCAGAGGUCUUCUAUUGGAUCGAAGCGCAGAAUGGCUCUAGCAAUCGCAUACAGACGAAGAUGGACAAAUCUGCCGCAGUCAGUGUCAUCCUGACAUCGAACACUUCGAUCUUCUUUUCUGCGCUUUCACCCAAACAGAUCACCAGCAACCCAACCGAGGUCAAGCUCAAGUUGGACCCCUGCAAUCGGUUUCCCAAGGGCGUCUGGGACAGGACAGCCUGCAAAUGCUAUUUCCACUGCCUGUGCAACGAUGACCCGAACACAGCCCCGGACAAGUACUGCGUUCCUUACAUUCCAUACUUCGUAUUGUUUGCACAGAAUCAGUUUGCCAAUCAAACCAACGAGACCAGGACCUUGUACAAUAGCCCAGCACUACAUGCAAGAACCAUGACUGUGAGUGGUUCUUUCUUCUGUUCCAACACUGUGACAAUGAAAGGACGAGUCGGUCUGUCUUCUUGUGAAGCAAGUGUUUGGGAAAGUGAAACUUCCAUUGCUUGCAAGACGUUGUCAGGAUCAUUUCAGACUUCGAAAAUAGUGAUGACUGCAAUGAUUACCACUGGCUCCUUGACGGAGCUCUUUUCAACAGACCAUCCUUCUAUAUCUCUGGAAAAUUUCACAAAGCCGAUGAACUUUGCAUCCACUGGGUCUCGAACAUGGACAGUCAUCGGUAUAAACUUUGCUCGAGAUCACAAGACUUUGUCAACAAGAUUCAGUUACACUGCAACUGAAAGUACAUCUUGGAUAUCGGAUAGUGCUGCAAAAUGUAUGGCCCAAACAAUACUGCUAGGAAGCAAAUCCGUUGUGAUCACAAAUAGCAUCAUCACGUAUACCAUCACGGAGACAAUAUCUGCGGACUUACCAAUGAUCUCAACAGUGAAUACUGUGGACUUUCUCAACAUGCCCACGACGGGGAGCGUGAGGGUACGGGUGCUGGGGAGCGGGCUGGGGCUACAGGACGUGACGGGGACAGGGAGGAUAGGCGGGACGGCAAGCGAGGGGACGGAGUGGGAGUCGGACACCUCGAUCGUAUGUCAGGCCGCAGGGGUCACGGCGGGGAGCAGGAGCGUGGUGAUCACAGCAGGGCAGCUGAGCGGGUCGAUGACGGAGGCGGUAUCAGCGGAGGUAGCGUCAGUAUCGUCCGUCAACGUGGCGGACUUUCCCAACAUGCCCACGACGGGGAGCGUGAGGGUACGGGUGCUGGGGAGCGGGCUGGGGCUACAGGACGUGACGGGGACAGGGAGGAUAGGCGGGACGGCAAGCGAGGGGACGGAGUGGGAGUCGGACACCUCGAUCGUAUGUCAGGCCGCAGGGGUCACGGCGGGGAGCAGGAGCGUGGUGAUCACAGCAGGGCAGCUGAGCGGGUCGAUGACGGAGGCGGUAUCAGCGGAGGUAGCGUCAGUAUCGUCCGUCAACGUGGCUGAUAUUCAUAAUCUUCCCACGACGGGGAGCGUGAGGGUACGGGUGCUGGGGAGCGGGCUGGGGCUACAGGACGUGACGGGGACAGGGAGGAUAGGCGGGACGGCAAGCGAGGGGACGGAGUGGGAGUCGGACACCUCGAUCGUAUGCUAUGCGAGCGCAGGGAUAGGCAAGAGCAAGGGAGUCUCGGUCACGGUCGGAGAUCGCGGGGGGUCGACGACGGAGCUGACCUCGUACGACAUGAGCAUCCACAUAGGGCUCAAUAACACCAGAAACAUCGCAAAGUCUCUUGAAUACCGGAGCUUCACCAUCGCAGGGUACUACGAGGACGGCGUGGCGUACACAGGCGCAGGGGCUGUAGGGGGAAGCGGGAUGGAGUCGAGCGAGUGGGUAUCGACCACGUCGAUAUCUUGCAUCGUACCAUACGGGGGGGGAGGGAGCAAGCUGGUGACGGUGACGGCAGGGAGCAUAGUAGGGAGCACGACCGACGUGUACACGUACGAUGUACCAACAGUGCAGUCCGUGAGCAACCAGAGCAACUAUGCAGGCACGGACUCCUACACCGUGUUGAUCAACGGGUCUUUCGUGGGGCUGGACGUGUACACGCCGGGGCUAGGGCGGAUCGGGUCAACGUCAUGCGAGGCAACGGAGUGGGAGUCCGAGGAGGAGCUGAGGUGUAUGAAGGGCGUCGGAGGGACAGGAGCGAGCCUGAGGUACGUCUUGACGUCGACGAUGUUGGUAUCGCAGACGCUGACAGAGGCUAUGUCUCACGACGCUCCUAUGAUCAUGCGGGACGCGAGCGACGAGCGAGCAAACCUCGCGAGCACAGGGUCCGUGAUGCUGACGCUGACUGGGAGCGGGCUGGGGCUACAGGACGUGACGGGGACAGGGAGGAUAGGCGGGACGGCAAGCGAGGGGACGGAGUGGGAGUCGGACACCUCGAUCGUAUGUCAGGCCGCAGGGGUCACGGCGGGGAGCAGGAGCGUGGUGAUCACAGCAGGGCAGCUGAGCGGGUCGAUGACGGAGGCGGUAUCAGCGGAGGUAGCGUCAGUAUCGUCCGUCAACGUGGCUGAUAUUCAUAAUCUUCCCACGACGGGGAGCGUGAGGGUACGGGUGCUGGGGAGCGGGCUGGGGCUACAGGACGUGACGGGGACAGGGAGGAUAGGCGGGACGGCAAGCGAGGGGACGGAGUGGGAGUCGGACACCUCGAUCGUAUGUCAGGCCGCAGGGGUCACGGCGGGGAGCAGGAGCGUGGUGAUCACAGCAGGGCAGCUGAGCGGGUCGAUGACGGAGGCGGUAUCAGCGGAGGUAGCGUCAGUAUCGUCCGUCAACGUGGCGGACUUUCCCAACAUGCCCACGACGGGGAGCGUGAGGGUACGGGUGCUGGGGAGCGGGCUGGGGCUACAGGACGUGACGGGGACAGGGAGGAUAGGCGGGACGGCAAGCGAGGGGACGGAGUGGGAGUCGGACACCUCGAUCGUAUGUCAGGCCGCAGGGGUCACGGCGGGGAGCAGGAGCGUGGUGAUCACAGCAGGGCAGCUGAGCGGGUCGAUGACGGAGGCGGUAUCAGCGGAGGUAGCGUCAGUAUCGUCCGUCAACGUGGCGGACUUUCCCAACAUGCCCACGACGGGGAGCGUGAGGGUACGGGUGCUGGGGAGCGGGCUGGGGCUACAGGACGUGACGGGGACAGGGAGGAUAGGCGGGACGGCAAGCGAGGGGACGGAGUGGGAGUCGGACACCUCGAUCGUAUGCUAUGCGAGCGCAGGGAUAGGCAAGAGCAAGGGAGUCUCGGUCACGGUCGGAGAUCGCGGGGGGUCGACGACGGAGCUGACCUCGUACGACAUGAGCAUCCACAUAGGGCUCAAUAACACCAGAAACAUCGCAAAGUCUCUUGAAUACCGGAGCUUCACCAUCGCAGGGUACUACGAGGACGGCGUGGCGUACACAGGCGCAGGGGCUGUAGGGGGAAGCGGGAUGGAGUCGAGCGAGUGGGUAUCGACCACGUCGAUAUCUUGCAUCGUACCAUACGGGGGGGGAGGGAGCAAGCUGGUGACGGUGACGGCAGGGAGCAUAGUAGGGAGCACGACCGACGUGUACACGUACGAUGUACCAACAGUGCAGUCCGUGAGCAACCAGAGCAACUAUGCAGGCACGGACUCCUACACCGUGUUGAUCAACGGGUCUUUCGUGGGGCUGGACGUGUACACGCCGGGGCUAGGGCGGAUCGGGUCAACGUCAUGCGAGGCAACGGAGUGGGAGUCCGAGGAGGAGCUGAGGUGUAUGAAGGGCGUCGGAGGGACAGGAGCGAGCCUGAGGUACGUCUUGACGUCGACGAUGUUGGUAUCGCAGACGCUGACAGAGGCUAUGUCUCACGACGCUCCUAUGAUCAUGCGGGACGCGAGCGACGAGCGAGCAAACCUCGCGAGCACAGGGUCCGUGAUGCUGACGCUGACUGGGAGCGGGCUGGGGCUACAGGACGUGACGGGGACAGGGAGGAUAGGCGGGACGGCAAGCGAGGGGACGGAGUGGGAGUCGGACACCUCGAUCGUAUGUCAGGCCGCAGGGGUCACGGCGGGGAGCAGGAGCGUGGUGAUCACAGCAGGGCAGCUGAGCGGGUCGAUGACGGAGGCGGUAUCAGCGGAGGUUGCGUCAGUAUCGUCCGUCAACGUGGCUGAUAUUCAUAAUCUUCCCACGACGGGGAGCGUGAGGGUACGGGUGCUGGGGAGCGGGCUGGGGCUACAGGACGUGACGGGGACAGGGAGGAUAGGCGGGACGGCAAGCGAGGGGACGGAGUGGGAGUCGGACACCUCGAUCGUAUGCUAUGCGAGCGCAGGGAUAGGCAAGAGCAAGGGAGUCUCGGUCACGGUCGGAGAUCGCGGGGGGUCGACGACGGAGCUGACCUCGUACGACAUGAGCAUCCACAUAGGGCUCAAUAACACCAGAAACAUCGCAAAGUCUCUUGAAUACCGGAGCUUCACCAUCGCAGGGUACUACGAGGACGGCGUGGCGUACACAGGCGCAGGGGCUGUAGGGGGAAGCGGGAUGGAGUCGAGCGAGUGGGUAUCGACCACGUCGAUAUCUUGCAUCGUACCAUACGGGGGGGGAGGGAGCAAGCUGGUGACGGUGACGGCAGGGAGCAUAGUAGGGAGCACGACCGACGUGUACACGUACGAUGUACCAACAGUGCAGUCCGUGAGCAACCAGAGCAACUAUGCAGGCACGGACUCCUACACCGUGUUGAUCAACGGGUCUUUCGUGGGGCUGGACGUGUACACGCCGGGGCUAGGGCGGAUCGGGUCAACGUCAUGCGAGGCAACGGAGUGGGAGUCCGAGGAGGAGCUGAGGUGUAUGAAGGGCGUCGGAGGGACAGGAGCGAGCCUGAGGUACGUCUUGACGUCGACGAUGUUGGUAUCGCAGACGCUGACAGAGGCUAUGUCUCACGACGCUCCUAUGAUCAUGCGGGACGCGAGCGACGAGCGAGCAAACCUCGCGAGCACAGGGUCCGUGAUGCUGACGCUGACUGGGAGCGGGCUGGGGCUACAGGACGUGACGGGGACAGGGAGGAUAGGCGGGACGGCAAGCGAGGGGACGGAGUGGGAGUCGGACACCUCGAUCGUAUGCUAUGCGAGCGCAGGGAUAGGCAAGAGCAAGGGAGUCUCGGUCACGGUCGGAGAUCGCGGGGGGUCGACGACGGAGCUGACCUCGUACGACAUGAGCAUCCACAUAGGGCUCAAUAACACCAGAAACAUCGCAAAGGCUCUUGAAUACCGGAGCUUCACCAUCGCAGGGUACUACGAGGACGGCGUGGCGUACACAGGCGCAGGGGCUGUAGGGGGAAGCGGGAUGGAGUCGAGCGAGUGGGUAUCGACCACGUCGAUAUCUUGCAUCGUACCAUACGGGGGGGGAGGGAGCAAGCUGGUGACGGUGACGGCAGGGAGCAUAGUAGGGAGCACGACCGACGUGUUUACUUUUGACUUUCCAGUGUUGCGAUCUGCUGCGAAAAUCGACGGAAAUUCUUAUUUUGUUGUUCUGAAUGGGUCUUUCGUGGGGCUGGACGUGUACACGCCGGGGCUAGGGCGGAUCGGGUCAACGUCAUGCGAGGCAACGGAGUGGGAGUCCGAGGAGGAGCUGAGGUGUAUGAAGGGCCAAGGAAGAAUCUCGGGUAGUCUUGCUGUUGUUGUCACUUCUCAGUCGGCAGUCAGUAGUCUUACGCAAGCAUUUUCGUCGGACUUGAUCUCGUUCGUCAAUUUCAGUGCGUCAAACUCACCGACUGUAGGUGGUCUCAACGUCUCGCUAUAUGCAGACACGUUCGGAACACAAGGCUCGCUUGCUUCUAGGAUAGGACUCACUUCGAACAUGAUGACAAACUGGGUCUCUACCUCCGCACUCCAGGUCAAAGUUGAGAGUGGUGUCCUUUCGAACUUGAAGGCCGUCGUGACAUCUGAAGUGCUGGCUUCCUCGUCGGCCUUGAAGUUCUCCUACGACAUUCCGCAGUUGCUUUCCCUGGAGGCCUCGGGGAGCGACUCUGCCUUGUGGAUUGCGGAGAGCAACUCGUCAAGGACGUACACUGGUGGGAACGACCUGACGGUCGUUGGAAGUGGUUUCGGUACGGUGGAUUUCACUCCGACUGUUUUAGUAGGAAGCCAGUCGUGCCUGAGCGUUCUAUGGCUGGCCGACACCUUUCUGGUCUGCAAGACCCCAGCUGCAAGCUGGAGCUCUGGAUCCUGUGCAGACGGAUUGUGUGUCUCAAACCAGCCAGUGACCGUCGACUUGCUCCAGCAAGUCUCGAACGAGCCGUGCUCAGACAACCUGGCAUGGUCGGACAUAGCAGGCAAGACUUGCGUUGACUACACUGCAAACGCCGCGGCCAUCAGCAACAAGUACGACUGUGGUUGGAACAAGACCAUCACAGUAUCCACGGGGACAAUCACGGACGGAGAUUCCGACUACAUCAACAAUGCGAUAUGCCAAUGGUACCUCAUCCCGAGCGAUUCCUUUUCGUGGAUGUCUAUCAUCUUCGAUGAAUUUGAGACAGAAGCAACUUACGAUCGCGUUCAGGUCUACUCCUGUUCUGAUGCUUCUUGCUCGAACCCUCAGCUGGAGCUCGAGCUGGACGGAAAUCCAACAAACGGCCAGAAGUACAACUGCUCUGGAUGCGUCGGCUUACUCGUCACCUUCGAUUCAGACUUCUCCACCGUCCUCUCAGGCUUCUUAGCAAGAUUUGUGACUUCCAACUCUCCCAGCUGGGCUGUCGACUUGAUCAAGGGUAGCUGGCAGGAAUGGUGUAGCCUGGAUAUCGCUUCUAUUUACUCGCCCUCCGGGCAGACAGCACGAGACGUUUGCUGCUCCUGCAGAGGCGAGAACUACGUCUAUGAAUGCCCAGCGGGGUACCACCAAGUCGGAUACUACCAGGACGCGUCGAACUCGAUCUGUCAAGACAUCAACGACUGUGGCAUCGAUCACGAUUGUAACUUGUACAGGUACUACGACAGCGUAGGAGGGAAGUACACUUCACUGCGCGGCGAAUGCGUCAACACGGAGGGCAGCUUCAGUUGUGUCUGCACCGGCUCUCACUGCAAUGACGUGGCAGUCAAGUCUUCGCAACUUCUUGACCAGACGCUGUUGGACUCCAUUGAUCCUGGUGCCACAGUUUACCUGCUCAGCGGGAACUUCUCGAGUCCCUGCAACCUGAAUCUCAAUCAGAAUAUCAAACUCGUUGGCGCGUCCGAUCGGUCGAGCUACAUAGUGUGUGACGCCCAGGAUACUGUCUUCAUCAAAGUCGCCGCAGGCAUCACGCUCGACAUCGAGUACCUCAACAUUGCGUUCAGCUCGGAUACCGCUGGGUAUUGUGAAUACAUCCGAAAGUUGAACUCGGGAAGCCUCGGACUGAUAGCCUAA